AUAAGGUACUUGUGCUUCCCUACUUGUUCAACGUUGAGCACAACUUGUUCUACAAGAAAGGAACGAGCCAAAUAAUCUUCUCUACUAAUCUUUUGCCCAUUGGAUAGCCCAAGGUUUUCUAUAAACUUCUGAGACAUACUCCAAGAUCAUCCUUCACGCCGCCAGGAAAUUGCAAUAGCCUACUUUAGCACUUUACAAUUCUCCAAUCACCAUAUAUAAUACCCUCUUACUUAUCAUUUCCUCUCUUUACGAACAAUGGCACCUAUAGCUCCUCAAACCGUCGAUAUCAUCUUCGCUGGUGGCGGCACAGCUGCCUGUGUCUGCGCUGGUCGUCUAGCCAAAGCAAAUCCAGAUUUGCGAAUUGUGCUUGUCGAAGGCGGCAAGAAUAAUUUCCAAGAUCCAAGUAUUACUACUCCGGCUGUAUAUUUGUCUCAUUUGGCCCCAGAAAGUAAGACGGCUUUGUUCUACAAAGGUCAACCUUCCCAGCACCUCAACAAUCGCUCCCCAAUUAUCCCAGCCGGGGGUCUCCUCGGUGGCGGCUCGUCCAUAAAUUUCAUGAUGUACACGCGAGCUCAAUCUAUUGAUUUCGAUUCUUGGGAUACAGAAGGAUGGACCGGAAAAGACAUGCUUGAAAUGUGUAAGAAAUUGGAAACAUUUCAUCCUACCGGAAAGGGAUUUGACAAAGAGAACCAUGGAUAUGAGGGACCUGUGAAUGUGAGCGAUGGUGGAUAUCAGGGGAAGAGUGUUGAUACCUUUAUGGAGACGAUAAAGGGAAUGGGAUAUAGAGAGAUUGCGGAUUUGCAGGAUGGAGAGGAGUGUGGAGGGUUUAGUAGAUGGCAACGCUACGUCUCUCCAGAGGGCAAACGCCAAGAUGCAGCACACACUUAUAUCCACCCACUCCUCCAAUCAUCUUCAUAUCCAAAUCUUAAAAUCCUCCCCGAAUCGAAAGUCGUACGUGUGCUUUUUGAUUCCUCUACACCUCCCCGAGCAACAGGUAUAGAAUACAUACCCAAUGAAGACCAUCAACCUUUCAUUGCACUUAGUAAAGCAAUUCCACACACAAUCAGAGCAGAGAAGUUAGUGGUUGUGAGUGCAGGAGCCUUGGGGACACCGCAGGUCUUGGAGAGGAGUGGGGUAGGCAGGAGAGAGGUGCUUGAGAAAUGUGGAGUAGAGGUUGUUAAUGAAUUAGAUGGGGUAGGCGAGUCAUAUCAAGAUCAUCAUUUACUUUUGUACCCUUACAAAACAUCACUCGAUGAUUCUGAAACCAUAGAUAACAUUUUGAGUGGAAGGAAAGAUUUCGUCAAAUCUCUUGGAACCAAAGACCCUCAGCUGGGCUGGAAUGCAGUUGACGUAUGCAGCAAACUCCGUCCGACUGCCUCCGAAGUCGAAGCUCUCGGCACCGACUUUGUCUCAGACUGGGACCGAGACUUCGCUCCCUAUCCCACAAAACCUCUCAUGCUCUGUGGUGUCGUGAAUGCCUUUCUAGCAGACCCAACGCUUGUCGAUCCAGGCCAAUACAUAACCAUGGCCACCUACACUGCCUACCCCUAUUCACGUGGUUCCAUCCACAUCACAUCUUCCACUGACGUACAAAAUGGCUAUGAAUUUGACGCGGGAUUUUUAAAUCAUCCAAGCGAUUUAAAGAAGCAGCUUUGGGCAUAUAAAAUGCAACGAGAAAUAUGUAGAAGACUUCCCUACUACCGAGGAGAAUUGGAACUGGGACAUCCAAAAUUUGGUAAGAAGUCUGCGGCUGCAUUGUGUAACGGAGCAAUUGAAGGAAAAAUAAAGGAUAUCGAAUAUAGCGCAGAAGAUGAUGCACUUAUUGAAGAUUGGAUCAGAGAUAAUCUGAAUACAACAUGGCACUCGAUAGGAACAUGUGCGAUGAAGCCGAAAGAAAAAGGGGGCGUGGUAGAUAAAUAUCUAAAUGUGUAUGGGACGCAGGGAUUGAAGAUUUGCGAUUUAAGUAUGGUUCCGGAAAAUGUGGGUGCAAAUACCAAUAAUACUGCCUUGGCAGUGGGAGAGAAGGCAGCUGUCAUUAUUGGGAAGGAGUUGGGAAUCGAGGUUUGAGGUUUGAGGUUUGCGUUUUACGGAAUGUGUGGGGGAGUGAGGAGUUGGGAUGGAUGGGUUUUAGGACGCGAGUAAAGUAAUCGAAUGGGAUGUUAAAACCAGAUGGGACUUGCCUUUAUGGCUUCUCAUUGUGCGUUAUUAUGAUCAAUGAGAUGCUGCGCUAGAAGUAAAUCUAUCUAAAUGAUUAAAUACUAUGCAUACCUU